UGCUCAGAUCAGAGGAUGGACACUGAACUGGUUGACAGACUGGUGCUGCAGCUGAACAGGAUCUACCCCCAGAUCCUCAGUGACAAGGAAGCCCACAGGUUCAGGAACCUGAGCGUUCCCACCAAGGUGCGGUUAGCUGAGCUGCUGAAGCACCUGCACGGGAAGGGCGAGGAGGCCUGUCAUGAAUUCUACAGAGGGCUUCACAUCCACGCCGAGGACAUAUACUCCAGCCUGCCCACCAGAGUCACACAAAGAGAGGUGGAAGAUCCAAAGUGGAUUUACAAUGUGGCAAUCUACCCUGAGCGAUACGGGCGCAAUGACCGAGGGCCGAUGUUCUUUCUGAGCUGUUUCAGUUUUGUAGUUGGAAUCGCAAUGCUCUACUAUUACAGAGAGGCCGAGACAUUGAGAUGCACUGGCCCGUUUCUUCACUGCUCCGCGGCGAGACUCAGUAAAGAUGUUUUAAUUUCCUACACUGAGGUUGGAAAACAGUGAAAAUGAGGCCGCCGAGGUGCUCAAACGCUUAAGAACGCGCCCUGUGAGAAGAACAAGCAAUGAAAUUUGCCACUUUGCUGUGCCAAACUCAUACACACUUUGAGAGCUCUAAACUUUUUUUCUGAAAUGUAAGCAGUAAUUGACUUGCUUUUUAAUCCUUGAGGAGCUGACAUUAGCAAGAGUCAUUCUGUCAUGAAUUCCCACAGCUCACGUCUCUUUGAAUGAAUGCAAGAGUGGAUGAGUUUAUUUGAUGGUUAAAACACAUAUAAAACUGCAAUGCAGUCAUUACAUACAUUAGAAAUCAUAGAGGAUGAAAACACAAUAAUGUCUGAAGGUUUAUUUCCGCUGCCGUCGUCUCUUUAUAUGGAACACAAAUGUAAUGUUCGACCAAACUGCUUGUAUGACUCUGUAUUUUCUGUGCAGAACUAAUCCUUCCAAUCACAUUUUCACCUGAUGUGAGGUGUAAUAUGAGCUGAGCGUGACUGGGAAACCGCACAGGUGUUUUCAAUCACUGGCCGAUUAGACUUCUGCUCAGGUUGAAGCUGGGCGGAGCUGUGCUGGAAAUGACACCAAACUCUGUGCACCAAUAAGAAUGAUAAAGGGUUAAGUUGUCCCGCCCCAACAGGUACAACAAAACCAACAGAAAGAUGACAAAGAUGUCAAUCAAAACACACCCACACUGUCCUGAGAAGACGUCUAAUUAGGCGACUUCAGUGAAAACACCUGUGCAGGGACCAGCUUGCUUGAGUUUGACUCUGAGUG